AUUGUUGUUUAGUUGUAACUCUUUCAGACCUUUCUUGGUGAGCAGCUAAGAUUCUCUCCUUGCCACCACAAUGCCGCAGCAGCGCGUGCUCCCCCAGAGCAAGGAAACCCUCCUUCAGUCUUACAACAAGAGGCUGAAAGAUGACAUCAAGUCUGUCAUGGAUAACUUCACAGAAAUAAUCAAAAGUGCAAAGAUUGAGGAAGAAACACAAGUUUCUCGGGCAACCCAAGGCGAGCAGGACAACUACGAGAUGCAAGUCAGAGCUGCAAAUAUUGUUCGGGCUGGUGAGUCUCUUAUGAAGCUUGUCUCUGACCUAAAACAGUUCCUGAUCCUCAAUGACUUCCCUUCCGUCAACGAAGCCAUCAACCAGCGGAACCAGCAGUUGCGCAGCCUUCAGGAGGAAUGCGACAAGAAGCUUAUUGCCCUGCGUGAUGAGAUCUCGAUAGACCUCUAUGAGCUGGAGGAAGAAUAUUACUCUUCCAGCUACAGUCUGUGUGACACCAACGACCUCCCGCUGUGUGAAGCAUAUUGGAGACAGGAGCUGUCCAUGUCCUCUCCAGAAGGCCUAGCCAUGCCUCUGGCGGCUGCCAUGAUGGAGGAGAACAUUCCGGCCCCUCAGGGGUCCACUCCUUCUCACCCCCACAUCAACGGGCAUGGAGCAGGCCCGACGGAGCACGCCUGAAAAGGGAGCCUGCAAUCCUCCCCAGCUUUGUGGCAUUUUGACAGUUGAACGUUCCGGUGGUUGCAUCAAGACAACAUUUUCCUGCCCUCCCCAGGCCCUCUUCUCUCGCAGCAGGCCUCAGCUGUAUUUGCAAGAAGCCACAUUUCUCUAGGCACCACCUCACAAGAUAGCCAACCCAGUGUUUCACAUGGGGUGCCCAGUGCAGUCAAGAUGGGAAGUUUGCUUCUCUUGUGGCUGUGUCUUUGGUGUACAGGCAUUCUUUUAAUGUUCCCUGCCUAUGAGUGAAAUGUAGAUCCCUUGGGAACUGUGCUCUCUCAGAUGGAAUUUCUUGUGGGGAAAAGUUAGGCUGUUGCUUAUAGUCUGACAUUUUAGUAUCUGAAUAGGAAUUUUACUAUCUGAAUAGGAAUUUUAGAGCAGGAGCGCUAAGAGUUUUUC